AUUACUUUUAAAUUCAAUAACCACAUAAAAAACAACUAACAUCGAAGGAUCAAAUCUCUUACAAGCCACAGAACGAAACGUUUUUCCACCUCUCGUAAGGAGUACGCAAACUUAUUAUUUACAAAACGACAGGUAUGUUGGAAUCAGACGAAGUGUACGAUCCUGAUGAAGAUCUAGACCUAGAGCUACUUGGUCGUCAAAGGCUGUGUCAUCCAAUCAUACAAAAUGAACCAGUGCCCGAGACUUCUGGUGAUUUACUUCAGAAACCAUGGCAAGAAAUGGAUUUAGAUUGGAGUGAAAAGUCUUUCGAUGGCCUUCUGAAGGAAAUAGAAGAAUAUACACCUCUGGCUGAGUUUGAAGAUAACUCAGAGAUUCCACACGUCAACAUUUUAUUAUUAGGACGAAUUUCGUCAGGAAAAUCCAGCUUCUUCAACACCAUAGAUUCUGUAAUCAAAGGGAGGCUAUCUCUAAGGUCACGUGCCGGAUGUGCUAGUUCUAGUUUGACAAAAUCACUUGAUGUUUACAAAGUAAAAAGAAAAGGAACCUCAAAGUCUUUCAACUUUAGAAUUUUUGAUUGUCGUGGUUUAGAGGAGGACCAAAGUCUUAACUCACGUGAUGUCGAGGCAAUUCUGGAUGGUCACGUGAUGGAUGGAUAUGUGUUUAAUCAAAGUACGCCUAUUACUAAAGACAAUGCUAAGUUUAGGAAAGAUCCUACCUUAGCUGACCGUGUACACUGUGUCAUCUUUGUGGUUGAUGGUUCAAAUCCACCCGAAAUAACAAUGUCCCAAAAUGUUGAAAAACAAGUGAAAGAACUCCAAGAACUGAUGAAUGCACGAAAAAUUCCACAGUUGAUCCUCCUAACCAAAGUUGAUACGAUGGCAACGGUCAAGGAAGACUUAUCUAAAGUAUUUCACAGCAAAAGCGUCUUGGAGAUGAGAGACAAAGUCGCCAUGUCGUUUGGGUUGCCUGCCUACACCGUUCUACCGAUGCAAAAUCUCGCAAACUUUCGAACUGUCUCGAAAGAGGUUAAGAUACUGACAUUGUACAAUCUGCGUCAGAUACUUCAGGCUGCAGACGAUUUUCUGGAAAAUCACGUAGAAGAGAUAUCGGGAGAUAAAUAUAAAGGAGCACAGACAAAUUCUUAUUAGAUUAGAAAAGACAAAAAUAUUCC